AUGGAAAAAGGGAUCUUUUUGUUGCUGUUGGUGAUUCUUUUUGGGAAUUUAACGUUCACUGCCGUCGACAGCGUAUCCGUUAGGGUUCCGAUUUGUGCUAUGAGGUCUGUUAAAGAUUACACCUUAGGGUUUCAAGAUCAGUCUUGUACAGUUUCUGAUAAUGAAUUAGCUGAGCGCCCUAAUUUCGUUACCGUCACCGAGGGUGAUGACCGUUGGUUGCAAAUUGCUUUGGAUAUGAUUCAUAAGAACAAGUGUGACUAUGUGGCUUUGUUCUUCUAUGCAUCAUGGUGUCCUUUCUCAAGGUCUUUUAGACCGAGUUUUGAUGUCAUCUCUUCUCUCUACUCCUCAAUUCCUCACUUUGCAAUUAAAGACACAUCCGUUAAGCCAAGUACUCUCUCUAAGUAUGGCGUUCAUGGGUUUCCUACUCUCUUACUUAUGAAUUCAACUAUGCGGGCACGAUACCGAGGGACCAGAAUACUUGAUUCUCUUGUUGCUUUCUACAGAGAUGUUACUGGCAUUGAAACACUGGAAAAGACUUCUCUCGAAAAAAGCUUAUUGGUUCCCCAUCUCGGGAAUGAAAACAACACUGAGCCAGAGAACUGCCCUUUCACAUGGGCAAGAUCGCCUGAGAAUAUGCUUCGACAAGAAACCUAUCUAACUCUUGCUAUUGUAUUCGUAGUGUUGAGAUUGCUCUAUUUCGUUUUCCCUACGCUGUUUGUGUUUGCCAAGUUUACUUGGCGACAGAUUGCUCAAAACAUGAGACUAGAAAGCUUGCAAGAACAUACCGUCGGAUUUCUGAGCCGAACUGUACAACUAUGCAUGUAUCUUAAAGAGCCUUGCAAGAGGAGCAAUCUGCAGGGAGGAGCCAUGAACGCUAGAGCAUGGGCCUCCAAGUCUUUGGCCACUGUCUCCAUUGGGGACUCGAGCUCAUCAAACAGGGGAAUUUCAGCUUCUCAGUGA